GAUUCACAAAGAGCAAUUGGCCCAGCGGCAGGCAGCUCAAAACGAGAACAAAAAACUCUCCUAUUUCCCUGUUUUAAAGGAAACUACUGGCAUCGAAUACAGGACAGGUAAGGCUGCCAGAGAACAGGUCAACCUACAUGAUCAAAAUAACCAAAAUAAAAAAGCAUCCAGCUAUAUAGUGUACGAAUGAAUGAAACAUUAAAUUAGCUGCACAAUUACACUAUUGCAUAAUACGCACCAGAAAAUGUUUGAGGUAGAAAAGUUGGGCAUGUUGGGAACUUGUAAAAUUUGGGUAUGUUGCGAAUGUUGGGUGAAGUGAAAUAAGUAGAAGAUAUGAACUUUUUGACCGCGCAAUAUCGCUCCGUUUCCUUACGCACAUACUGGCAGCUAAACAAUAUCACUUACAACAGCUGUUAUCUUAAACUAAAGAGAAGUUUUAAGAGUUUUUGACGGAUUCUAAAAGGUACCAGAACAUUAAGACUCGAUAAGCCUUUUCAAAGACAAGGAGUCAUCCAUAAUGAACAUUUGUGGUUAUAGUAAAGCGCAAUCUUUUUAAAACGUGACUGUAGAAGCAACUUACGCUUGCGUGUGAACGUUGUUCAAUGCCAGCCACUGAUAAAUUAUUCAAAUGGGAUUUUUGCCAAAACAGAAAAGAGCACGGUUUCAUCUCGUAAUGAUAGGGACUUAACAGAAGUUAGUUAAUUGUUAAGGACAUUUGCGCAGUAAUCAAUCAUUGAAAAAAAAAGACUAGUCUAACUGCAUGAUCUUUGCUAACACAAAGAAGUAUGAGUUAACAAGAACUUUGAAAUUUAAGCUGAGACGGGAAGUUGGCUUUAAUAUGCUAAUGUCGGUUUACAAAUUGAGCAACAUCAUCAAAUUAGCAGGUGAUUUUAGUGAAGACUAAUAACUUUCCCUAACACUUCGUGUUUGGUAUUAGCACUUGCCGUUGUUAUUUAUCUCAAUUACGUUGUCAAUAUAACAUAAAACGCCGCCAACAAGCCUUGGGCUUCGGAGGCGAAGGGAAGCUUACUAUCGUAAAAGACUGUGCGUUUCAAAAAAUGUACAGGACAGGAUGCAUAUCACUACUCGCUAACAAAUUCGCUGACAAAUUCCAAUAAAAAAAAAAUCAUGAUAUAAACAGGACUAAGCGGAAUCUCCUGACUUCCUUCUAUAAUCAUACGAGUAAUUAACGAAAGUAGACGACCGUGUUGGCAGCGGGCCAGCACGACGGAUUAUCACAACCCACAUACAUUGCAAAAACGUCGUUAUUGUACGCGCGGCGGUCUUCGAACAAAACUUCUUGGAGCGAGCGUCAAAAUGGUUAGUGACUUAAACGACAUGGUAUUAAAAUACAACCUUCGAGAGGGGGGGAAAAUGAAGUGUUUUGGAAGAAGUAUUCCGUCAAAAGCAUAUGGAUUGUAUGAUUAACGAUUAAACACCGGUGUUUGGAAAGCUUAGCUGCUCGCGUGCAUACUAAGAACCAAUCAAUAGCUGGGUUUAAUCACGGACAUUACUGCGAACUUUGCCGCUCGGAACUGAAUGGUUCAAGUUAGAAACAACAUGAAAGUUUAUUUACCCUGCUUUGCUGUGGGCAGCACAAGCACUAAUAUCGGUUUAUUCUCGUCACCUUGGCGACGAAAACAGACAUGACAGAACUGCCUGAUUUUUAUUAUUUUAAAAAAUGCAGGUGACGCUUUGUGCGUGCCAUUAUCCUAUUGAUCCUCCUGUCGUAUAUAUCUCAAUACCCAGGACAGGUGCCAAAGAAUUGUUUUCGUGUAUUAUCAGUUUCAGAAACAACGAAAUUGGAAGGAAAGUUCCAAGAGAUAAACGCCACCUACAGUGAGAAGGCGUCUUUAUUCCCUGUAAGUCUGGAGUGAGUAAUUAAGUAAGUUUUCAAAACAUAUCGGAAACAACCAGAGUUUAGUUGAAAGCUGGUUUGUCGACAGCAGGGCGGCCUCCACUGAAGGACGCAACAAUUUAGAAUUCUCAACGAAAAUAUAAGCUUGGGCCGGAUAUCUAAAAGAAGAGGGAAAUGAAAACCUGGAAACAGACCUGGUACUCAGCAGUAAUUUUAACUCUCCUCUUCUUUCUGUUGAAAAAUUCAGUUGAAAGCAAAGAUGUUGUUUACCCAAAGAAAGAACAACCGAAGAGAGACAACAACGAGAAAACGCACGCCGACACUAAACACAGACAAGUGAACAACAACCUGAAAAAGCUGGAUCUUUUUUCAUUAGAGAAAAUAGACCGAGGUAGUUCGAGUCAAAAAACUUCGCCAGCAAGAAAGCGUUUAAACACACACAAAACUCUGGAACAUCGAGAAACGCUUGACGGUGAGGACAUAAAUUCCAGUAGGAGUGUCCAAUGCUCGCACGUACAGAACAGAAAGGUGGACAAUCACAUAAGCAAGGCACAAAAAGAAAGGGGCCAUAGAAAUACAAUUGCUCACUUUGAAGACCGAGGGAGCGACAGACCCCUCAAAAGACACAAACGACAACCACGUCCGCGUCCCGCGGGGCCAUCAUCAGAACCUCCCGAGGGAUCACCCGAGGGAGAACCAGAACGAUCAAGCGGGGAGCCCGUGGCAACCACAAAACCGACAUUAGAACCUGAAAUUUCUUGGCCAGAACCAGAACCCGAUUGGCCCAAAGCAUUUGCAAAAUGGCAAGACGCCUGGCCAUUACACACGUACGGUUUUGCCGCGGUUUUCACGAUCAUCGCGUUAAUUCCUCCGUUUGAGCUGCUAAGAAUGCACGUUGAUAAAACCAAGAUGACAGCCUUAAAGUCAAGCUUGCUCGUCACAAUAUUCAUCUUCAGUUCAACUCGGGCCAUCGCCCUGUUCGUGGAUCCCUACGGUUCGACCAACCGCUUUCACCUCAUCAUAACACAACUGCUGUUUGCUCUCGGUCAUCCGUGCAUCAUCUCCGCCCUGAGUCUUCUCCUGCUUGUUUUGAUCGACACGACCAAGAUGAACAUCGCUCCGCCUAAAUUCCAGCGCAUCAAAUUCAUCGUUCCAGUCGUGAUAAGCCAUGUCGCUCUGGUGAUCGUGACAGACUUUGUCGUGGUUUACUUCCUGGAAGCUAAGAUCCUCCUUUUGAUGUGUCAAAUAUACUUCCUAUCAUUAGGAAUUCUGCUAGCGGUGGGUUACGCCCGCGUGGGCUGGAAAAUUCGCACGAAUAUCAGAGCCAAUGUCAACAGCAAAAGUGCAGUGGAUAACAGCAUGCGACGGCUGCAGUACCUGAUCGCAGCGUGUGCGGUUGCAAGCGCUCUCAUAAGCGCACUGACUAUUUACGGGGCCGCAGGGGUAUUCGGGAUAUAUUCGGGUGUACGCUACGUAAACCCCUGGCCAUGGUGGAUUUUUCAGACGUGCAAUCGCAUUCUUGAAACCACAAUCUGCAUUGUGGUCUUACUCAUGAACACAAAAGCAUCUAACAAACGAAAAAUAUUUCCAGCUGCACAUAGUUUCAUGACAAAAAGUCUAUUCCAGUCAAGACGGAACACUGCGAAGGCCAAGAAAACAACACCAAAGGAAACAGCUGGUUGUCAGUCGAUAACAUCCACAGAAUAAUUUUCAUAAAGUGAUGAUUAAACGCGAAAGUUGAAAUCGUGAAACAAAAAAAAACCCAAAGGCAGUAAUCAGAGAUACAAAAGUAAUCUCGUUUAUGCUGUAAAAUAAGGAUUAAUAGAAGUCAUAGAAAUUCUGAACGAACAUCUUUGGAAGCAAAGGAGGGAAACACGAGGGAAACCCGCGGGAAACCCCCGGAAAAGCGAGGGAAACCAGGAAUGGGGAGACUUUAAAAACACACAGUAAUAAAACUGGAGGUUAAGGGUGCCAGUGGUUGGAACACCGUCAUGCACAACUACCUUCAACUUAGGCUCAACAUAGUGUGAAAAGAAUGUCAAAAACUUAGAGUACGUUCGCUUGUCGUUAUUCCAGAGUUAAAAAAAAACCCUGGAAUAACAAAUUUAUGUCGAGUUCAUAUUGUCAGUAUACAUGGUCUAGCAUUACAGUCACUCUGUUCUCAAUAGAAGAGUCACAGGCUAACCAGACUCAUGACACUGUACAGGAAUACCUGACCACAAAAACAUAGUGUUUUGUAUGGAACUUACCGCUGGUAUAGUGAGCGGAUAGAAAAUUAUAAUAAACAGCUAUUAACCAA